AUGGCAGAGCUUUCUCAAAGUGUUAAUACAGUGUGUCAGUUUAUGCACGCCUCUACAAUUGCACAUUUUCAAGAAGCUAAGCGUGUUCUUUGUUAUCAAAAUGGUAUACAAUCCUGUGGUAUAAAAAUAUUAUCUGCUAGUUCCCAUGAGUUAUAUGCCUUCUCUGAUACAGACUGGGCUGUUUUUCCAUCCACUCGUCGUUCCACCAUUGGUUUCUACACCAACCUUGGUUACAACGACAUAUCUUGGAAUGCUAAGAAACAAUCGACUGUGGCUCAUUCUAGUGUUGAAGUGGAAUAUAGAUCUAUGGUAUCCACUACUGCAGAAUUGACAUGGCUUUCUUUAUUGUGA